AGGGAGGGAGUUCCAGGAUUUUGAGCCAGGUAAUAGUGGGCUAUGAAACCUCACUCAGCGCUAAUUAGUCAUACACAGGAGGCCAGUUGGUCCAUCAUGGCUGUGCCAGCUCCUAGCUCAGUUUCCCCUCACCCUGCCUUUUCCCUUCAGCCCUGCAAAAAUUCUGCCCCAUCAAUUCAUUACCCGAUCCCCUUCUGAAAAUGAUUUGUGGAAUCUGCUUCCACCAUCCUUUAGGGACUGAAAUGAGGUUUGCAUUGAUAAACUCCCCAUGGAACAGGAUGCCCGUGUACUAUGAAAGGAAGUGUUGGCGAGUGAGUUAGCAAUGAGGAAGUUUGCGAUGUGUGUUGCAAUCUGCAGUGUAUUGGCUGGGGCUGGUUCUGUCUGUUCUGUUCUGUUCUGCAGACACACCUUUCCCCCUGGAAGGGCACCUGUGGGCGUGGGGACUCAGGCAGCAGAAGCACCGAUCCUGCCUUCCGCCCCGACUCGCUUCUCCUCCCGGCAGAGACUCCCGAGAUGGCAACAAGCCCGGACGCCUUUAUCCGCACGGUGCUGAGGCAGGAGCCGCUUCCUGACCUGGACUCCAGCUUGGCUGUCCCCUCCGAGGAGAGACUCAAACUGUCCCGGCUCCAGCAGGAUGACAAAAGCUUCCGACUCCGGCAGCAAGUCAGCCUCAGUUUGUCCCGGAGGAGCAGGAAAACCUCCACAGGUCGGAUGCAGCGGACUCUCAGUGCCCCCGACUACGUUAGCUGCAAGACAACCACUCUGUUUGAGUACCCCACACUGCCGCUGCCAGUGCCUCGGUAUGGUUACGCCAAGACUCCAGAAUCUAUGAGUUACACAAUUAAUCAGAUGCUCGGCAACAGAGCUGCACUCUUUUCAUCAGGGACCGGUCGGUUCUUGUCCCAAGGCCUGCAGAGCCAAACGAUUAAACCAACUCGCCGGAUUGAGGUUUCCCCAGAAAACAGCCCGGUCUUGUCCCGCGCUCGCCCCUGGAUGGAAUCGAGGUUUUUGAGGAAGGGGACAGUGGGGAGAGACCCUGCCAUGUCCUACGGUCGCCAUGCCAGCUACAUCGAGAGAAAGCUGGGCAGUCGGAUGAGCAACGUGAGGCCCGUUUUGCGCAGUAACACAAGGUACACUCAAACGGAGGUCGUUGCCACUCCCCGACCGACAGUUGUCAGCAGGGCCUCCUCUCAGAGUUCCCAGAAGCACAUGGUCACCAUGAGCAGGGAACCCCAAUCCCCCGGGAGCGUUCUUGCCGAUACGACCAACCCUAUCGCAAUCUUCCGUCCCGGCCUCAGUCAAAGCAUGUCGAGGAUCUAUGAGAGGAACCAAACUGGGGCCUUGGAUCAGCAGCCAGAGGGAGUGGCUUCCAGUUACCAUGGUGUUUCUCACAAGAGGCAUGCCCAGAUUGUAAACAGAUUUAACUGGAACCAAACGUCUUACCAGACUCAUUACUCUACCACCAACAACGCCGUAGUUACUGAGGAGUUAACGCCAAUGGAAAGCCCAACAGUGGAGGCCCAGAUAGAGGCCCAGAUUCAGGCCGAGGCCCAAGUCCAGGCACAGCGAGCUCAGGCCCAAGCUCAGGUCCAAACCAGCUAUCAGAUGUUGGCCUACCAGGAAAACUAUGAGACACAAGGAGAGCAUGAAAGCCUUACUGAAAGCAGUGUAAGCGGGGAUGAUGACGGUGAGUGGACAAUAGAAACUGCAGUCUCUGCCCUGACACAUGAUAACGUUGAUUACGUACUGUAUGGGGCUAAUUUCAUCCAACAUGAGUGCUACCAAAGACCUGAGGCAAAGAAAGAGCUUUACGCCUUGGAUGGGAUUGGGAAACUUAUCACCCUGCUCAAUAACCAGAACGUCGAAGUUCAGAGGGCAACCUGCGGGGCCAUCCGAAAUGGGGUGUAUGAGGAGAACGAUAGCAAGCUAGAAGUGCAGGAGCAUAACGGACUCCAAAAACUGAUGCAGUUGCUGGGACAAAGCAAGGACCUUGAGACAAAGAAGCAAAUCACUGGUUUACUGUGGAACUUGUCUUCAAAUGAACAUUUGAAGCAUGACCUAAUCGAACGAACUCUAACACACUUGACGACAUCAAUUAUCAUUCCAUUCUCUGGCUGGCCAGACGGAGAUGUCAAGAACUUUGAUGUAGACUCCGACAUCUUCUACAACACCACUGGCUGCAUGAGAAACUUAAGCUCAGCCAGUCCUGAGGGACGGAAGCAAAUGAGAGAAUGUGAUGGACUAAUUGACUCCCUCGUCCACUACAUCCAGUUCACAAUUGCCAAUAAUCAAGAGGAUGAUAAGUCGACGGAAAACUGCAUGUGCAUCUUACACAACCUAUCCUUCCAACUCGAGAAUGAACUGCCAAGCACUGACUCUGAAAGGCUCGCCUGGAAAAAUGAGUCCUCGUCACAGAAGAAGUCGGCGGGCUGCUUUGGAGCACGUAGUUCAAGGCUGAAAGAGGAGAACGUGGUCAAUAUCCCUUCGAUCGAAGAGAAAAGGAAUCCCAGAGGGGUUGAGUGGCUUUGGCACAGUCUGGUGGUGAGGAUGUACCUUUCCCUCAUCGCGAGGAGCACCAGGAACUGCACGCAGGAGGCUUCCCUUGGAGCUCUCCAAAACCUCACAGCCAGCAGUGGACCGAUGGGAUUCACCAUUUCCGAGACCAUCACAUUGAAAGAAAACGGGCUCCAGCACAUCAGACGGAUGUUGUACUCGGAGGAGCCGAGUGUGCAGAAAGCUGCUGUCUCUUUAUUGAGGAACAUGGCACGAAACCGGAGGGUCCACGAAGAACUGACCAGUCUGAUCAUGCCGGAUUUGUUAUCGAUACUCCCCGAGCCCGACCAAGCCUCUUCCGUGCCCAACGAGACCAUCUCCUUCACCUGCCACAUGCUGAACAGCCUGAUCCAGUAUAACCUGCAGCACGCUCGCAAUUUCGUGCAGAACGGAGGCUUGAAGAAACUGGUCAGCAUCAGCAAUGAUGACAGUAACGUUUCCACCUCGGCUGGAAAAGCCGCCUCCAACCUGCUGUACAGCUUGUGGUUGCAUCGGGAGCUUCAUACGGCCUAUAAAAAGGCCGGAUUCACAAAGUCAGAUUUCAUCAACAGUCGGACAACAAAGGCGUACCAUGCUGCUCGAGAACGAAAGUCAUUUUACUGAGAUGGACAGUGCCCAGAGAGAUGGGGACAGCAGACUGAAUGAAGAAGCCUUUGAUAAGGAAUUGGGAGGGAUAGUCGAUGUAGAAAGUUAGAUUUCGUGAAAAUCGCACAGUCUCUCGACAGGUUUAUCCGAGCAGUGGCUGAGUGACACGGGCCAGGUUAUUCCCCCAAGUUCGGCUUUGCACACUGCAGCUCCUGAACUCUGAUCACCACCCCAGUUACUGUUACUCUGGGUGGAAGAACCAACAGUCAAAUAACUCGCCGUCUCAAGCAACGAGGGACAAUGGAUGAGCACUCCCAGCUUCAGGAGAGAAGGUUUAUCGGGGACAUUAUUGUGCAGGGCAUCAUAUACUCGAAUAAUCAUAGCCCCAAUGUUAUCUUUCUUCACCAUGUUUAUAAGGAGACGUGACGCACGUUUUUCAUGAUGACAACUUUCUCUGAGGAACGAUUUUUCAUGUUCAAAAAAACUAAGAGUUUCUGAGAAGAGUCACACGGACUGGGAACGCUAGCUCUAAGGAUGAACGUUAUGCUGAUCGGGCGUGAAAUCGCGUGAGAUGACGCUGGGCAGGCGUCCCCACACCAUCCCACUAUGUCGGUCAGCGAGCGCGCACCAAAGUCAGAAGUGCGCCCGCCAAUAAUUAAGAGCCACGAGGGCAAUUAAUCCCGAUAAUGGCGCAGUUGCAAGUCAGUUACGUAGCCCGUAGAACCUCACAGUUGGCGGACGGGCGCGUUGAUCAGGUGGCCUUUGCAUUUUCCAUCAAACCUCAUCCACGGGCGGGCUGAGGUUUCCGUGACGACAUAAAAUAGAUUCCUGUGGAGAGCAUUUUCAGCAGCUAAAUUUUCAGGUGAUUGAUUGUGACGUGCGGACACUUCCCUUCGAAUUUUGAAACCCUCAUUUUUUUGCUUUUCGGGUCUCCAGCUCCCCGGGGGGCAGCUCUCUACCUUCGGGGGAGCUCUCUCUCUCUCUCUCUCUCUCUCUCUCUCUCUCUCCCUCCCUCUCCCGCGUUGAUGUCAGUGCCCACCCUCACCCCUCACCCCAGCAGCAGGCGUUUGACGGCUGGCUGGUAACUAGCGUGAAAUCGCGGUCGGGAGCUGACUGUGGUCAGCGGUCCAUUUCCUGGCCAAUCCCUGGCCUGCCGAUCGUGUCCACCCACCGAGCUAAAAAUUCAGGCUUCUGUUUCUCUCUCUCCACAGAUGCUGCCUAACCUGCUGAUUUUUCCAACACUUUUGUGUUUUUAUUUCAGAUCUCCAGCCUCUGCAGUAUUUUGCUUUUAUUUUAGAAUUUCCGUGCCUUUUAAAAUAUGCAAGUUUACAUCAUUUGCAUUUAUCAGUAAUAUGUCUUUAAAGAGUAAGUUGUUUUUUUAUAAUUCACUCUCAGGAUGUGGGCAUCAUUGGCAAGGCUUUCAUUUAUUACCUACAUCAGGCAGAAUGCAAUCCAAUCUCUGGGCCAUAGAAUCUAACAGAACAGGAGGCCGUUCCCUAAUUGCCCUUGAGAAGGUGGUGGUGGUGAGCUGCCUUCUUGAGCCGCUGCAGUCCAUGUGGUGUAGGUACACCCACCAUGCUGUUAGGGAGGGAGUUCCAGGAUUUUGACCCAGCGACAU